AUACCUUUUACUGUGAUUCAUGUAAAUUGAUAUAAUGUCGCCUCCGGCUGAAUUAAGUUUUGACGAAAUACUGAAGUUUAUGUUAGCUCACAACGGCAAAGUCACAAAUCAUGAAUUAGUUAAGCAUUUCAAAGUAUUUUUAAUGAAUCCUGACAUGCGAGAUGAAGCCAGAAAUACAUUCAAAAAACAUGUCAACGCACUGGCUAUUAUCAAGAAUCAAAAUAAUGAGAAAUGGUUGAUAUUGAAAAAGAAAUAUAUGACUAAUAGUGCAAAGGAAAAUGAUGAAAUUGAAAAUAAAACAUCCGAGCCACCAGCUGCAGCUUCAAACGAAAGUGUAGAACUAGAAGAUAAUAAUAGCCAACCGCCAUAUCGACCACCGCCACCUCUACAACUCAAUCAAGACUUUAGUAUUCUUGCAAACAUCAUACAAGAUACAUCAACAAUUCAUACACAGAAACCUCCAAUAGAUCUACCACUUAAUGAGAGCAAAGAAAGUCUCACAUUGACUGACGAGAUUCCCCCAAAAGUACAUCCGAGAAGAAAGUCUACUGAAAGAAUGAUCACAGAGAAGAGGUCAAGUAUACCAAGUUUGAAUUCAGAUACAAGAAUGUCUAUUCCGAAUGAGGACACCUCAGAUAUUAGUGAGACAUCAACAUUGACCUCAUCCCGCAGUGAGAGCAUGCUCGUUGAGAGUGAACAAAAAAUAUCAGUUAAGGAGCGGAAGCAAAUGUUUAACAGAAUGGCAUCGGAGAGUGAUGUGAUCAAGUCUCAAAAACUCAGCUUUAAUAACUCGAGUGUCGACGAAGAAGAUAGAGUAUCGCUGGAACACAAAGAAACGGGACCAUUAGAUUCGAAGCAGAAGCAGUGGAUACUUUGCGCAGCGAGGGGCGAGUACCACACCCUCGCCAAAAUGUGCAAAGAAAACUCUAAACUUGUUCGUACUAAGGAUCCCUUCACGGGUGUAAGUAUUUUUAUUUUUUGUGUCAAUUAGAUAGAACUAUCACCUGUUCGUUAGUCACGUCUGCA